CCUAUCAGCAAGGGUUUACCUAUGGUGUAUUCUGAACAAAGUAUCUUUAAGGAAAGUCGCACUCGGGCGGCUCUUUCAGUUAUACAAGACAAAGUCCUACCUGAAGGGGAGAAGACAUAUAUAUUUAAAAUCGCUCGCUAAGGUCACAAUAAAACAACAUAUUUUCGACUAAUAACCUGACAUCUACUGUACCGAGAUCUAACUAGCUAUUGAGGUAAUAUCCACGCCAUUACUGUUAUAGCCUAUAACAAUGCAAGAUGUUGCUUAUAAGAUUAAAUUAACUAAUUUAAAUCCAGACAUAAAGAUCUUACAGAAGUGGACAAAAGGGAUGUUGGCAGGGCACAUUUGUACAAUAUUUGCUUUAAAUGUCCUCUCAGAAUAGAUAAACCAUCAACAUAUGAGGUGUAAGUUAAGGUACAAAAUCGAGAAAACUAAACUUGGUUAAGGUAUUUAUUUGUCAAAACUAUUUGGCAAAAAAGGCGAACUGCAGCUUAUCAGGGAAUAUGAUUUUUAUUCUAAUUUACAAAAAAUUGCAUAUGUUUGGUUGGUCCUCUCUUAUUGCUACAGCAGUCAUUCUGGCUCAAGUGGUGCUCGCAAAUGUUUAAAAACUGUUCAGAACCCCGACCCCAGAGAAUGGUCAGGUUGAUGAUUGGUCUCUUUUCCUGAAAGGCGGGACUUCCGUUGCUUGAGCGACCGACCGUACUGAGCGUUACACUUUCCCCCUUCAUAAUAAUAGAACUGCAGCGCCCUGUAAAUCUCUAUAGUCUUUGAUCCCGAACGCGGCUGUUGUCAAAAUAAUCGCGUUCAAAUAAUGCACGAAGUGUAGCAGGUAACACUAACAAAUCAUCUACUCAACAUUUAGCAGAACUGUGCGGAGACAUUUUGCUUUUGUGUGUGAGACAUCACCACGCAGGGUCAGUGAUUGACAGUAUGCUGGAUAUAGUAUGCCGAGAUUGUGAACGUGGUCUUGUAAUUGGUCGCAGUGUCUUGUGUAUUACACGCUGCGGGACGCAGACAUGGGUCAGAUCCCGCUGAUACAUUAUAAAUCGUGUUGAGAGGAUAAAAUAAUACCACAUACAGCCAGUGUUGAGAGUGUAAAAUGGACUUAAGUCGUAAACGCAGGCUGACAUUCUUCACUAUAGGACUUAUCUUCUUACUGAGCGGCAUCGAGUAUGCUGUGAUUUUGCCCACAAUAUGGAGGUAUCUGCAGACACUUAAUGCGGCACCAUACUUCCUCGGUCUCAGCCUAUCAGCAUUCAGCUUCAGCGGGCUUCUUGUCGGUCCUUUGUUUGGCCACUGGUCGGAUCGCACACGCACCACCAAAAAAAUGAUCCUGUUUGCAAACAUAUUCGAGAUUGUUGGUAAUUUCAUGUAUUUUAUGGGAUAUUCAAAAUGGUUAUUGCUCUGUAGUCGUCUAGUUGCAGGCAUUGGUACUGGCGCUGGUUCAUCUAUUUUUGGCUUCUUGACUAGAAAUACUGUGCCUGACGACCGAUCCACAGUGUUUGCUGCAGUUAUGGCCUGCCGGCAAGCCGGGCUGCUCCUCGGUCCUGCAUUUAACAUCUUUCUUAGGCUCUGUAACUUCCAGUUGGGCCCCUUUGUAGUGAACAAAUACACAUCUCCAGGGGGAUUCAUGUGCCUCCUGUGGAUCCUUCUCCAGUUUGUAGUCAUGUUCAUGUACUGGGAUGUCAUUCCUCAAGACGAUACACAUGAGGGAAACGGGAUCAUACAAGAAGAGGUGGAGGAAGAUGUUGAAGAGAAUGCAGCGAGCAAGCCAUUAGUUGGGCCUCAUGAGCUCACAGGGUCAUAUGGCACAGUCACCAGUGUCCAGAUCAGAGCCACCCAUGUUUCUCCUCCACCCACACCUCCACCUCUGGAAGUGAAAACAAGUCCCUUCAAGAACUUUAGUGCCAGCAGAGAGUUUCUCAGAGAGGAGGUGGUGGUUCUGUUGGCAGCUCAAUUUAUUACACUGUUUAAUCAGACCGCUCUAGAGACUAUGGUGACUCCUAUGACGCAGAAGUUUUUUAACUUUGGCGAACUGGAGAACAGCAUCAUGUACUGCAUGUGUGGCGUAGAGGUGAUCGCCGGCUUCCUGUUUGUGCGCUGGUUAAGUAAGCGCGUGGCAGAGCGAGUUGUGCUGGCCGUCGGUCUCAUCCUCUGCAAUAUUUCCUGCGUCUGGUGCCUUAUAUUUUUGGCUAAUCCCCUGGGUGGAUUUGCGUGGCAGCUGGCAGAGUUUAUCAUUGGGGUUUUCCUUCAGGUCCUGGGCCUCCCUUUUGUGGCGGUCGCACAGGUAUCUCUCUUCUCCAAAAUAACAUCAGAGAAGACACAAGGAUUCAGUCAGGGAAUCCGGCGUUCUGUCGGUGGACUGGCCACCAUUUUUGGUCCUCUCUGGGCGGGAGGUCUGACCUCUAACCUUUAUGUGAUGCUUGGGGUGAUGAUGGGUCUACUUGUACUUCUCACUAUUAUGAUGGUGGUCUCAUACGAGCGUCUGGUGGAGCCAGCGGCCACAAGAGACAAUCUGACAGGCUCACAAUCUGAGGAUUGAGACGAGGUAUUCGCUUAAUGAGAUUUAGGUUGCAAUUGUAUAAGAGCAAGCAGACUUUUCACAUAAAUGGAAGUGACUAAAGGCCUGUUCACACCAAUAAUAAAGAUAACUGUAACAAUAACUGGUUUCAUACACACUAGUGAACAAGAACGUUCUUUUUUCAAAACUCGCACACUGUAGUUUUACAUUUUAAAUGUGCAAGUCCUAUAAAUGCGAAUGAAUUUUGAUUGGCUGUCAAUGUUUUUUCGUUUAUCAGCUGGAAAAAAAUCACUCAGAAAAAAUCCCAACAAUUUCUUUCCACCGUAUCUUUAAAAAAAAGAUGUUUUAUGGUUUUAUUGUAGAAUAAUUUAUACAACUUUAUUUGGUAACAUUUUACAAUAAGAAUGUAUUUGUUACCGUUAGUUAAUGCAUUAGCUAACAUGAACUGACAAUGAGCACUUUAGUUUUUCUGCAUUUCUUAAUCUUUGUUGAUGUUAGUUAAUGCCAAUACAAUUGAUCAUAUUAAUUCAUUGUGCACUAAUGUUAGUAGUUACAGCUUUAAAAAAAAAAAAUGAAUAAAUGCCAAAAUUAACAUGAAUUAAUCAAUGCUGUUGAAGUAUUGCUUAUUGUUAGCUCAUGUCAACUAUUUACUUGUUAACAAAAGCAACUUUAUUUUAAAGUGCUUGCCUUUAUUUUUUAUUUAUACCACGGGGCUGUUGAAUGCUUCAUUCUGAUUGGCUGACGAACGUUCGACGGGUGUGCAUUAUUUUUCAGUUAAACGCACACCUAUGAAGGUGUUCCAGGUCUGCUGACCGCAUUACAGUUCCAUAUCACUUCGCCAAGUUUAGCCUACUGUCCACCAGUGAAUAUGUAUUUAACAACAGACAAAGUGACAGGCAAAUUCCAUUGUCUGAGAAGAAAUAACUAUUAAUAUUUAUGGACAGCAUGAACAUUUGAACAACAAUGGCGAGAGCACUGUACAGGACUGUUCAGACGAAAAACUAAAGCAUAUAUCAAAGGUAACGGGCAAACUACAUGACACAAUCAGCGGGUUAAAGAUAAAACACGAAGCACAAAAAUAACAACAACAACAACAUCUUAAAUUCGUCUGUGGAAUGGGUAAACGGGAAUUAAAACACACAGCAGGAAGCUUUCUAUGCCACUGAGAGAACCGCAGCUGGCGCAGAAACCUCCAUGUCACUUUUUUCUCUUAAUACUUUUCUUAUACGACAGGGGUGUUAAAUACGACGAAAACAAAUCAAAUAUAGAUACUUGUCUUUACACUCUCAGUGAAGCAAACGCUUGUGCACGCGCACGUGCACUGUCUGUCUUCCUCUCGCUCUCGGAAAACUGCAUAUGCAGCUCAAGCAACGCCUUCAGAUGAGAAGCGUAAGAAAUUAGUCCUACCAGCAAGUGCAUUCCGGGACAAAUACCAUACAAAUAUCUUGAGAUAAAACAUCGUAACAACGUCUUGUGGUAUCGGAACAACGUCUUGUGGUGUUGUGACCGUGGUAUAAGCAGAAUAAUUGACUCCGGUCCGUUCAAUUAUCGAAAGUUAAUGCACACCCCGAGGUGGUAAUGCGGCCACGACGCGAAGCGGAGUAGCCGUUACACCUCGGGUGUGCAUUAACUUUCGAUAAUUGAACGGCCCGUCGUCAAUUAUUCCUUACAUAUAUCCUAUUUAAAGGUUUGAGAGUUCCUUUUAUUUAUAACAGACCAGAUAUCACAUUGGAAAAUAAAGGUUUAAAUUCCUCAAUUUUAACUAAACUACUGAUGUUUAUUCAAAGAAUGAUUCAAGUAGCAAAAUCACAGUUGACAUUUUUUCAGGUUCAUGUAGUGUAACGAGGAAGGCGGGACAGGAAAGGAAAGUAAAAGGUAAAACUAAAGCUUAACAAUGUCCAGGCCUGGUCCUCUCUCGUCGUGCCUUCCUGUCGCUCCUCCUCUUAUGCUUCCGGAGCUCCUCCGUGAGAGAUGCGAGACCGGUGUAACGCACAGCUGACACUCAUUAUCACUCGCGCCACCGGCCUUGCUUUGUUCUCUCACGGCUCUCGUCCCGCCUCCCUCGUCACAUACCCCCAUCGCCCCUCACAGGCCGGGGGGUACCCACGAGACUGUGCUCUACUGCCCCCCUGUCUCGGCGGCCCCAGCGCCUGGGGGUAUGGACAGACGAGACGAGAGAAAAGGAGACGGAAGCACACAGAGCGACAGCAACGAGAGAGGGGAGAGAGGAAAACAAACAAAAAAAAAUCUGGUCCGGUUCCCCGACACACUGUCGCUCGUCCUCGCGGUGCCAUGCGGUGGUACUGGAUGCUCGGUGGACGGCUCGAUCCUCCUCCGCCCCCUGGCGGCCAGCGAUGGCUCCUCUGGCUGAGGGCAGCCGGCAGCGAGUCUCCCGUCUCCUGCUCCUCCCCUUCACGGCGGACGGCAGCAGGCUCCGGCCCACGGCCAACGGCGAGGACUCCUCUGCUCCCUCCCGGACGGCUGCCACCCCACCUCGGCCCAGGAGCACGGCAGUGAGCUCUCCAUCCCAGCCGACGCAUACUUGCUCCAGCACCAUCGCCUCGGGCAGCCUCUCGCGGACAUCCCUCGUCCGCGCUGCCCGAACUCCGCAGCACCGCGAUCCCCCUCAGCGACGAGGGCUCUCCGACAGCAUGUCUCUCCUUCCUCCCGGGUUUCGGCACCAAUGUAAUACAGUUCAAAGUAGGGAAGGAAGGAGGUGGGAACCGGCGAACAUUCAAAAACUUUAAUCAAAAUAAACAAACAAUAACACGGAAGUAAAAGGGCCGACAGCAACCUCACGGUAAACUGCCGGCCACACAAACAUAAAUAAAACUUAACACAUGUCCGGGCCCGGUCCUCUCUCAUCCGUAGUCAUGUCGCUCGUCCUCUUAUGCUCCCGAUCUCCUCCGUAAGACAUGCGGGACUGGUGUGCGCACAGCUGAUUCCCACUAUCACUCACGCCACCGGCCCCGCCUCAUUGCCCCACGGCUCUCAUCCCGCCUUCCUCGUUACAUAUAGCUACGGAAAAAAUCAGCAUUUCUAAAUGUAUUGUGGCCAUUUCAACAAAAUCAAACCUCAGGAGAGACAAGGUCAUCCAACAGGAGUGUGAAAGACUGACAGCAUGACAAAACACAUGAAACGUUAAUAAAAAUCCAGGCUAUAUACAGUAUAUAUACACACAUUAUAUACAGACGUGCUCAAAUUUGUUGGUACCCCUCCACAAAAAACAAGAAUGCACAAUUUUCUUUGAAAUAACUCGAAACUGACUAAAGUAAUUGGAAUCCACCAUUGUUUAUUCCAUAUUUAAUAGAAAUCACACUUUGCUUUUGAUUUUUUAUUGAAUAUAAUAUUGUAAAUAAUAAAACAAAUGAAAAUGUCACAGACAAAAACGAUGGGCCCCCUAACCUAAUAUUUUGUUGCACAACCUUUAGAGGCAAUCACUGCAAGCAAACGUUUUCUGUAGCUCAUUAUGAGACUUCUGCACCUGU